ACAGGGUAUAUAAAUUCCAGCUAAGCCAGCCGUCGGCCUCUUACUUCAGCUGAAGUACAGUCCUGCUUCUUUCGAAAGAAUCUUUUUCCCGAAGAUAUCGAGAUGAUUGGCCGUCAAACAAGACCUGCCAGGCACCGUCUGCUUAUUAUUUUCUACCUGCUUUGCUCUGUACUGGCUCUGACCCCGACUAUUAUGGCCCCGCCGGAAAGACAAAGGUCUCUUCCAAAAGGUAGCAUGGAAACUGUAGGUGGGUUUCCUAGGGGUCAGCCUGAAGCUAUGCAGGAGAUGGAUAACCUCUUCGCUCAUGAGGAGUUUGUGAAGAAAGACCUUAAUUUCCCUAAUGAUGCACUCGAAGGAUACCCAGCUUUGCUAACGUAUAAAACCUCUCAUCUUUUGGCUGAAGCAGAAAAAAUGUUGCAAAGUGUUAAAAACCUGAAGGAACGCCGUUUUGUAGGAGCAUUUAUUCAACGCAUAAAGUUUUUGGCGAAUAUCUUGGAUCAGAGCGUUUCUGAUAAUAACCCUGAAAUCCUGGAACAGAAUUCCACAUUUGAACGAAUUUUGGAACCAGUCAGCACAACCCCGCUUGAUAAUGCUGUUGUUUCACCUACGCCUUCAGAAUUGCAAGAAUCGGCCGUCCGCGAAACCGACCAAAAGCAACAGGGUGAUAAAAUGACGUCCAAGACAUCUAAAUUCUUGCCAAAUACAGAUUAUCCUGCCUCGGAAACUUCUGUUACCAAGCUAGAAAUGCAGCCAAUGCUUGAUAAGAAAUCAGAGGAAUAUGAAGAAGACGAAUUGGUAAAAGAAUUGAGAAAUUUACAUAAAAUUAUUGCUUCGGACAUCUUGCAAAAAAAUAUAACACCUCAGGAAGCUGAGCUAGCAUCAGUUGAACCGUCGACAACAUCAGAGGAAGUUACUUCAGAAGCUCCUCCUAAGAGAAUGAGCAUAAUGGCAUCAAAUAAACUGGCCCUGGAGCGUGAGAAGUCCCGGAUUAAACAAAACCUUGCCGAAGAGGUGGCUGAAUUACAGCGUUUAGGAGAACCCGAAGAGGAAAUCUUGAGUUCAUUGCACUUGAAUAAUCAUCGAUUUCAUGGCUCAAUGCAUCCUAUGAUGUUUGGUCAAAAAUUAAACGCUGAAAAUUUGGAUCACGCAGAUAAUGGAAAAUACUUCCAAAACGUCCAAGAUGUAAGCACUAAUGAUGCAAUGAUUUCGCAUAUCAAACCUAGAAUUUGGAGACCACGAGUCGUUCAUCUUCCUUAUAAUCCAUAUAAACAUGUCCACAUGAAUAACUCUUUCCAGAGAAGUCCAGUCAACCAACAAGUACUUGCUCGGAAAUACCAAACUCAUAUGGCAAAUAACCCUCUCCGCACUAACCAACAAAUUUAUCAAGAUGGCAUCAAGAACACUAUACAGAAGCUUCAGAAACAACAUCAGGAUUUUCUUAUGAAGAAUCAGAUCUCACAAAUGCAGAAACAGGCACCUCAGAAUUUACCAAAUCCGGAGCAAAAUCUCUCUUUGGGUCUUUAUCAUCCAGAUGCGAAGCAUAUUUAUAAGCCAUACCCUUACUUCUACAAUCCUCAAAACUUAACAGCUCCUGAGCCUCAAACCAUGGAUAAUCCUUUCGAACCCCAAGUAAUUGCAAGCCACAAGAUCAGCAGCGAGCUCAGUGACGAGAUGAAAAGGCAGUUAAGAGAUGGGAAAGUUAUACUACUUUCAGAUAGUGUCGUGCGUUCCAAUUUUGGGCCCGAUACUGAAAAGAACGAGGCAAAAAAUGCUACGGAACCUAAGGUCCAAGAAGCGAAAAAAGAGAGCAAGAAUGAAGCUCAAGCACCAAAAUAAUUUUAUGCACUGGAACUGAGCACAUCCUCCAUUUUUUUUAAACAUUUUAUGGAAUAAGGAAUAUAAAAAACGAAUGAUAUUAGAUAUGAUAACUACCGGACAUGUACGUGCCAUAAAAUAUGCCAAUAUACUUGGAACUAUUUAAUUAUUAUCGUGUAUGUGAAUCCUAAUUUUCAAAAUUUGAUUUUAGAUUUUGAAUAUUUAUGGAGGAUUAAGCA